ACGCGAAACGCGGCGGUGGUGGUGUGUGUGAAAGGAAGGAUAUUGCUAGCCCCGAGUACCAUGUUUGCCUUGAUACAUUAUUCAAAAAAUGAUGUGACCUCGCUCUAAUGCUGACUUGCGAGCUUUCGUGCAAGUUCAGAACCGUUUUUGUUCCACCUGCAACUUCCAUGAUAACAUUUUUGUGCUGGGCACCAUGGACGUGGAGCGACAGAAGCGCAAAGCCAACAUCAAGAGAGCACUGGUGUUUAUGAAGUCCUCUUUGCCCUUUCCAGAGCCAGAAAGUUUCAAGAUGUUUGUGACCCAGCUAGUCUGCAAUCUCCUGGAGGAGGGCAAUGCCACCUUUCGGGAGGGCAACUGGAAGCAAGCGGUUUGGCACUACACAGAGGGCAUUAGUGUGCUGAACUACGCUAUAGAAGAGGAGGCAUCGGUGCCCUCUGUGCUGCUGGAGAGCCUGACCCUGAACAGGGGAGCAGCCAGAUACAGCAUGGGGGAGUAUGAGCGUGGGCUGCAAGACUAUGAGCAGGUGCUGUCCCUCAAUAAGGACAGUCAGAAGGCCUUGUACCGCAAGGCCCUGUGCCUGAGACAGCUGGGCCGCCACAGGGAAGCAUACGACUGCCUUCCCUCUUCCACUCAGGACAAACAUAUGAAGGAGCUGUCACAGGAGCUUGCAUGCAAACUGGGCCUGAAGUCUCAGACAUCCUACUACACCUCUAUGGAUGGUUUACCAGAGGGUACUAAUGGGAUUUUUGCUUCAGCUACUAAAGAGGAAUCCUCUGAUUUAAAGGUGUCCUUCAAUGGGCUUAAUUCCUUGGAGGAGAUUUCUGCAGUCCGGUUGUCCUUGGGCAUUCCGAUUCCCGUCAGUGACGUGUCCUCCCAUCCUCCACCCACGGCCGCUGCCAAGCACACCCUGACACAGCAGUUCCCACACAGCAGCUCUGCCCUCAGUCCGGAGGCGUGCGUGCCUCCCCUGUCCAUCCCCGUCUCCGGGGACGCGCUGGCCACCUGUGAGGUGCUGGGGGAUGAGCUGGACAGCCUGCUGGAUGCAUGUGAGCCACUGGUGGUGGAGCAGCAGCCCAGCUUGAUGGGGAAUCAUUUGCCUGACAAAGCACCGGGUAGGUUGCCUCCUGCCUUCCCCUCCCCAGCACCCCAGCUCCCCUCCAGGUAUUUUGGCGGCGCGUUGGGAGGCCAGCCCCACUCCCUGGACUACCUCUGUGAGCUCGGUCCUGACCACUUAACCCCCUCCAGGGGCCUGGAUGCCCUGGAUGCACUGGAUGCCCUGGACUCCUUCUGUCCCCUGGGGGCCCCGGCUCACACCUCCAUUGGGCCAGCUCUGCCAGUGGGCGGGAAAGGACUGGACUCUCUCUCUGAAUUCACCCUGCCUAGCACCAAAGAAUCACACAUUUUCCUGUCAUCAGUUCGGGCACCAAACCAUCUGAAAACAACCAAUGGAAAGGUCCCCCCACGGAACCCUCUGCAAGCCACUCAUGAGUUCCGUCAAGCGUGCACCAUUUGCUUUGUAAAGAACGGUUCUUCAGUUGUGAACUAUGAGUACCGCCCGGAUCAGGCUCAUGAGUGUAAGGGCACCACCUUACUGUGUCGGAGGAAGGGUGCAGGUGACGCCACUUGGAAGAAGAUUCGUCCCCGUCCCCCACGCAAUGACUUCGUGGGGCCCUACGUGCUUUGCAAAGAUGCAGAGGUGCAGGAGCAUCAGGACUGUAAGUACGGGGAGAAUUGCACGUUUGCAUACUACCAGGAGGAGAUAGACGUGUGGAUGCAGGAGAGGACGGGGUUCCUGAUCCGAGAGCUCCUCUUCGGACCCCUGACCUCCGCCAGCCGACACACGCUCACUGUCACCGACCUGCUGCAGGUCCACUCGGGCAUGUUCAUGUUCCUGUGUGGGGCGUGUUUCGAUAGUAAGCCCCGAGUCAUCAGUAAACGCUGCAGAGAAAAGAUGACCGUUUGCUUGAAUGCUCACCACUUGUUUGACCACAACAAAUGCAUGGUGCACGUGGAGAAGUUGCCAUCUAAUACCAAGGCUAUUCAUGAUCAUGAGCAGUUUAAAACUCAGCCAACGGAGUUCCUAAAAAGCAACCAGAUGGUGCGCUACCGCUACACUAAGAUCCGGGUGCUUUGGCCGGCUUGCCAGUUCGAGAUGUGCCGCCAGGAGAUGCGCCAUGGCUGCCGAGCAGAAGGGAGCUGCCCCCUGGCACACUCCGUCAUCGAGCUCAAGUGCUGGAUGCUGCAGCACACCUCAGGCAGCACCCAUGAGGAGAUGGUGCAGGAGUCCAUACGGCACUGGAACAGGCAGGAGCAGAGCCCCAGGAGACAGAAGCCAUCGAGAACACUGGCUGCAAACAGAGAUGACAGCCCUCCGACUGCUAACGGAGGAUGUGCCACAGGAAGUGCAGGUGCUACUGGUGGUGCCAGGGGGCGGAGCCUAAACAUGGAGAUGAAGUUUGUGUGUGGCCAGUGCUGGAGGGACGGCGUGGUCAGCGAGCCGGAUAGGGCACUCAAGUACUGUAUGGCCAAAGCCAGACACAGCUGGAUUAGGGAGCGGCAGGUGCUGCUGGUGAAGGCCUAUGACAAGCAGAAAUGGGUGAUGGUCAGAAGCCCUCCCAAGAACCCCCCUCAGAAGUAUGAUAUCUGUAUCCACGUGGUGAACCAGAGGAAGUGCCAGUACAUUGGUAACUGCUCCUUCGCCCACAGCCAGGAGGAGAAGGACCUGUGGACCUACAUGCGGAACGAAGGCUUGCAGGAGAUGCUGCAGAUGUAUGAGAUGUGGCUGGCCAUGACCAACCAGAGCCAGCAGCCAGUCGACCCCCCUGUACACCAACACAACGACAACAGACACAUCCCAAUGCCAACCGACUAUGCUGAGCCCAUGAGUGGAUUCCACUGUCGUCUGUGUGGGAAGCACAGCAACGGAGAGCGGCAGUGGCAGCAGCACAUCUCCACGGAGAAGCACAAGGACCGGCUCUUCAGCUGCGAGGAGGACGAGGAGACCCUGGACUGGAUACACCGCUUCCCCGGACUACACUUCGCCCUCUGCCCCAGGUUGGAUGGUGUGUGUCCAGAGGGGUUGGCCUGUGACUUUGCCCACAGCGAGGAGGAGCUGCAGGAGUGGCACGAGAGGCGGGCCUUCAUGCGGCAGAAGCUGGCCAAGGCCCGCGCAGACAUGCUCAUCGCACCCACAGACUUCAACUUCGGGAAGUACAAUUUCCUCUUGCGGGACUAGACCAUUCCUCAUGGCGCACAUUUUAUGCAUGAACAACAUGGCCAUGCUCUGUAAGAAACACACACACACACACACACACACACACACACACACACACACACACACACACACACACACACACACACACACACACACACUCAUACCACAUAUGCAAACUGCCACAAUGACGGUUUUACCUUUUACUUGUCAGCCCACUGUUUGAAUUUUAUCAUGAUGCGUAAAAUAUAGAAUACAACAAGUCAAAUAAUACACAAAAUAAGAAUCCAAAAACCUUGUCGGUCAACACACUAGCUACUAAAUUGUCCUUUACAAUGGAAAUACUUUUGCACAUUCAAGCCACAGUUGUGGUUAGAUUAAUAAUCAGUAUUACUUACUUGUUUACGUCCGUGUGUGCCUAUUCAAGAUGACGUGGUAUUCUAAUGCCAUUGAGAGCUGAAGAUGGUCGUAGGCCAAAGCCUUAUUACUCCAAUGCAGGUUAAAUUCCUAAAUAAAAGCCUCAUUACUACAAAAAUUAAAAUGACCUACUACAAUGGUCAUAUGUGACCUGAUAAAUGCAAGUCAACUUGGAUUUCUGUAUGAAGUGACCAGCAGUGUAAGGAUUUUAAAUCUUAAGGAUUGUGUCAUCUUCAAUACUUUUGAUAUGAGCUUGUAGAAAUUUUGAAACAGUAUUUUUAUGCCACCAAUUUGUUGCCUUACGAGUUAAUUUCUGGUAUAAAAACGAGGGUUUCAUCUAGUCCUAUACAAUGUAUUACACUCUUUAUGGACUGUGCUGUAAAAGAGUUCCCGCACCUAACAUUGAUUCAACUGACGUGUUCAUGCCACAAAUGUGAGCAUUCAGAAAGCAGAAAAUUGAUUUGCAAUGCGGACCAAAAAAUACUUUUGUGGUAAAGCACACAGUACAAUUUGAAUGCGAGUGGCUUGCAGGUAAGCGUCUCGAUUCGGAAUGUAACUAAUGCAGGAACUGGCGCUAGCAUUGUUCUGACCAGCCUGCAAACAGUAUAUCAUAACCCAACUGGGAAAGGUCAGUUAGCUUAAUAGAGCUUUCUUUACAACCAGGGCUCUAAAUUAAUACCAGCUAACCGGCCAAAUGCUGGUGAAAUUUCAGGUUAGCUGGUAGAAAAGACCAAAUUACCAGCUACUUUGACCCAUUACUGAGUUUGUGUGUUUGGCUAGUAAGAUUAACAUCUACUAGCCAUUGUGGCAAGUGAUUAAAAAAAAGUUAAUUUAGAGCCCUCCUUAUAUCAAAAUGUAAGAAAGAGACCACUUUGAUUGUAUCUAUGGAAGGAGAAGCAGAUGGCACACAGCAUAUUGUAUUGCUGUUGAAUUAGCCACUGUAUCACAUUGUGUAUUUGGACAGCAGCAUUUAUAUUUGUUUUUGGUCGUAGUUCACUGGCACUACCUCUUUUGCACAAUUAAAAGGCAGGUGAACUGAAUGGAGAACUGGGAGACAUCACAAAUGAAUUGGAGUUAGUUUCUUUUGGGUCAAAUUUUCAAGGUUUACCACAGUCUGGUCAGUUGCAGACCACGUGAAUCCGUUUUGGUUUUGGGUUUGUUUUGUUUUGUCAUGUUUGGUUGGUUGGCUUGUUUUUUUUUGUUUUGUUUUUUUUCUCUUAAGUCUUAAUUGAACAUUUGUCCUAAUUUGAACAUUCCUGAACAGUCAUACACACAAUGCAUCAUACCAGGAGAUGCAAACUGUACUCACAUUUGGAACUAUAGACCUACUUACUUACUGUAUUAUGGUACUGUGAGAUGAAGAUGCAACCACUGUAGUACAUGUGUAUUUGUGGAGUAGAAAAGAAAUUGCGCUCUAGAUUAGAACAAGUAGAAAAUAGUUAGUAGUUUAUUCUUGGUAUAAUCUGUACCUUUCGCAUAAUGUGAAAUACUGAAUUGAUCUUGCUUCAGUGCCUUACAACUUGUACAUUUUACAGAUUACACAGUACAUUGAGUAGUUUGCGAUCUAGUGCAGUGACAAUCCAAUUCCCUGCCACAACUCAGCCGAAAGUGCCCCUGAUGAAACCUUACUGUGUGACUGUUGUCACCUUUACCUGUGUGCCAAAGUAUUUGUCUUCAAGGCGUUGUUGAAAAUCUAGUUACUCCUCCUGUUAAUGGUUACAUCCCAUUUUUAUUGUUGUUCAAGAAAUUUUUUUUGGAACAUUGAAGUAAUUUUAGCAUGUAAUAAUUUUGUCUUUCUUGUGAUCAUUUUGUAAACUGCCAGACGUUUACUGCCACUGUUACAAAGCCAACAGAAACUCAAUUGACUUAAUCCACACAGUGCACGUAAGUGACACUUCUUUCCUUGCAAGGAGUAUGUUGAAUGUGAUGUGAAAAUGGGUCCAACUGUGCAACCGGAAUGUUGAAAGGUACCAUCAGUCACACUCUCAGUCUUGUUUUUAGUUUUGACGUUUCUAACACAAUCAAGGUAAUGGACCAAAACGUACCAAUAAAGUUUUUUUGUAAUGGGA